CUGUAUUUCUGAAACAAUCAAUGCCAAAAACAUAAGGCUCACCGAACCGAGAUUCAAUUCCAUAAGCACAUAACACCACAUUCGCUCUUCACCACCUUUUUUUCCUUCCAUUUUUUUUUUCUUUUUUAAUUUCAAUGGAUAGUUCUACUAAUGUUAAAUCUUUAUCUCACUUGUUUCCGUCCAUGAUAACAAGAACACCUGACAUUGGAAACGACAAGAACUUUGAUGAUACUUUACAAGAACAACUUCCUCCUAAUCAUGGCAUAGAUUAUGUUAUUAUAUUUCGAUAUCCUACUACUACUACUACUAGUGACCGACAUCAACUGGAACAACAAGUGAUUCAUGGUCUUCAAUCACUUACCUCAAAACUCACCCGAGCACAACUUUACUUUGAAAUUAAACAAGGUCAAGAAAGUGGUACAUUGCUUGUACUUGUUGGUUGUCCACAGUCUCGUUUAUACAAGGAAUACAAAGCUGAAAGAACUCGCGACUUUUUACUUGGUAUCUCUUUGGAUAGUACGCACUUGAGUGGAAAUACGGUUAUUAAUAAAGAUGCCCUAAAAUCAUCAUCAUCAACUUUUGGACAAGAUUUUAGUGAAGCGAAUAGAUUACGUUUGAUUUAUGAUAUUUUGACUUCUUCAGAAUCAAAUGGUGGUGCUGAUAUCUCUCCUCAUAUUGAUCCUUUUGUUGAAAGUAUUAUGCCUUUACAUAAUGAUGAAUUCAAUAAGAAAUGGAUAUCUACUUGGUCAAAGAAAUGGUUGAUUGAUAAUGAUGAUUUAUGUACUAUAAGAAAUCAUUUUGGUGAAAAGAUUGCGUUUUACUUUGCCUUUGUCCAAUUCUAUUUUCUCUGGUUGACAAUUCCUGCUGGUUUGGGCGUUUUGGUUUACUUUACUAACAGCAAUGCAAUCUCGAUAUCGUACUCGUUGUCUAUACUCGUUUGGGGGAUCACUUUUACGGAAAUGUGGAAAAGGAAACAAAAGGAAUUGGCUGUUAUGUGGGAUGUACUCAAUUGUUCUAAACAUGAAAAACGUCGUGCUGCUUUCAAAGGUGAUACUACUGUGGCUGAUCAGGUAACAGGGGAAGAAAUGCCUUUUGUAUCUACUUGGAAAAUCAUUCUACGUCGUGUCUUGGCUAUUCCUGGUGUUGCUCUUGGUGCUAUCCUCUUGUUAUUUAUUGUUACCUUUGUAUUUAUGCUUCAACUCUUCUUGCAUGAAUAUUAUACUGGCCCAUUCAGAUCUAUUUUGCAUUACGCUCCAACUAUUGGUUAUGUCCUAUUGAUUCCAACCAUGUCUGGUAUUUAUAGUACCUGGGUACGAUUGUUAACCAAUUGGGAAAUGCAUAAGACUGAAACUUCCUGGGAAUUCAAUUAUACUCAAAAAAUCUUUGUUGCUAAUUUUUUGGUUGGAUAUCUAUCUCUCUUCUUUAUUGCUUGGAUUUAUAUUCCCUUUGGUGAUCAUGUUCUUCCUUAUUUGAUCGAAUUCAACAUUAGUCAUGAACAUCAAAAGGUAGACUUUCAACGACUUCGCGAUCAAUUGGUAUAUUUUGUGGUCACAGGACAAGUCGUGGGUUUCUUUACUGAAAUGGUGGUUCCUUAUCUUAUGGCUUGGUUGAUGCCCAAAGCAAAAAAAUUCAUGUCAAAGGUAGUUCAUCGUCAUUCUUCUGAAAACCAAUCAUCAUCAACAAUCAAAGACAAGAAUAUCUCAUCAUCACUCUUAGCAUCACCAUCAUCAUCAUCAUCACCAUCAGCAGUGGCACCAUUAUCACAUGAUGAUCCCGAAUUUAUCAAGAAAAUAUAUAAAGAAGUUGGUCAAGAGGAAUAUAAUAUUUAUACAGAUUAUGUGGAAAUGAUUAUCCAGUUUGGUUAUGUUAGUAUGUUUUCCCCAGUAUGGCCAUUGACUGCUUUAUGUUGUUUGGCUAACAAUUGGAUUGAACUACGAUCAGAUGCUGUCAAGAUUUGCAAAUACACAAGACGACCAUCUCCACUUCGAGCUGAAAGCAUUGGUCCAUGGCUUGGGAAUAUGGAAACAAUUGUAUGGCUUUCCUCCAUCACCAUGGCAUCCUUUGCUUACCUUUUCCAUCCUACGACAAAUAUUCAUUCAAGUCAUGUUCCUAUCUACUCACUACUUGCCAUUCUAUUAUCAGAACAUUUAUACGCUGGACUCUCACUCGCUAUCCGAUCCAUCAUCUCGGUGAUACCCAAUUGGCCAGACGUCAUGAUCAAGAAAGAAGACUACAGGAUGAAGAAGCAUUGGUUACAACGAUUAGGUGAUGAUACGAAAGCAGAUGAAGUGUCAAAGCAUGAUCCAAUGGCAAAAGUAUGGGAUCAAGUGGAUCUUGCCUCAAUGACGGAUAUUGGAAUGCAAUUUAUACAAAAUCACUUCAAGUCUAGUUGAUUUUCAUUCGUAUAGUCUAGUUUAGAAAAGUAUAUUUUAUUAUUAACCUCAAUAAAC